GGAGGCGAGGGUGGGGGAAGGGCAAGGAGGCACUCGGGCUGAUGAGCAUUCUGGGAGACAUAGUCCGGCCGGGGAGGGGGAAGUCGGCGAGUGCGCAUGCUUAGGAGCGCGGAGCGGCCGGCUGAGCGUGGAGGGUUGCAGGUUGGCCUGGAACCUUGAGGAACGGAAAUUUGACCCACGGGAUCCGGCGGCCCUGGAAAUCGAAUCUACUCACUUAAUAAACUCAGAUUUCUUCACAAAGCCCGCACAUUAUUCCCAGCUGCAAAGGGAGCAGCAAUGGCGGGGGAAGGGGGGCAUCCCCUCUUACGGGGGACGGUAAAGAUGGGGAAACUGAGGUUCACAGAAACUCGCCAGGGUUACGUAGCAAAUAGGCAAGAUCAGAAUCUUCGACCUUGCUUGCAGGCGCCUGGUCCAGUUGUCUUGGUGCCUUUGUGGGCCCCCUGGAAGCUCCCAUCACCUCCUAACCCUGCCUAAAUCAGGAAGCUGAAGAGAUGGUGGGGCCUUACAUGGUGUGAUAAGUUGGGCCUAUUCAGAGGAUGGGGCUGAAUGGGGGGGGAGAGGGGGAUGCUGCCUGGAGGCGUGGCCACAGAGUUGACCUUGCCCAUCUGUGGGGGUGGGGAGCAGGUGGAGGGAGGCUGCCCGGUGGAACGAAGCUGAGAGACUCGAUGGGAGAGUGGGUGGUGCAAUGAUGGGCUGGUGUUCCGAGGGGGGAGGGGGGCCUGUAGUGGUGCUUAUGCCUACGUGGUAAAUAUUGCAAAUGUCAUUUACCUGGCAGUGGGAGAGCCGCAGGGCAGGGAUGGGGUGGUGCAUGUAGAAGAGCAGGAUUUAAGGGAGGAGUGCCUUCUAUGCCUAAGAAGCACCCUGUGUUUGGAACAGGGGAAUGUCAGAGACUGUGUGUAGGUCCCAGCUAGAGACCAGAGACACAGGUGCCUGGCAUGUGACCACCACUCUGUGCCUCAGUUUUCUUAUCUGCCUUCUACUCAGUGGAGGUCUGAAGAUGGAACAACGAAGCAUACAGUAGACGCUCAAAUAAGCAUUUGCUGCCACUGUUUGUCCUCGCAGUAGCCUCAUCCUAUUCCUCUCCUAGGGGAAGACAUUAUCCUCGGAGCCCCCGCCCAGUCUUUCCAAUGAGGCCUGCAGCACUAGGCUCCCCAGGUCACAUGUCCCUGGAAGAUGAGGGACCUGUCAUGGUGAAGCUGGAGGACUCUGAGGAGGAGGGUGAGGCCGCCCCGUGGGAUCCCGGCCCAGAGACUGCACGCCAGCGUUUUCGACACUUCCACUAUGAGGAGGAAGAGGGUCCCCGUGAGGCCCUGGCCCGGCUCCGGGAGCUGUGCCGCCAGUGGCUGCGGCCCGAGGCGCACUCCAAGGAGCAGAUGCUGGAGCUCCUGGUGCUGGAGCAGUUCCUGUGCGCACUGCCCCCUGAGAUCCAGGCCCGUGUGGAGGGACAGCGGCCAGGCAGCCCUGAGGAGGCCGCUGCCCUGGUCGAGGGGCUGCGCCAGGAGCCAGGAGGCCCUCGCAGAUGGGUCACAGUCCAAGUGCAGGGUCAGGAGGUGCUAUCAGAGAAGAUGGAGCCCUCCAACUUCCAGCCCCUCCUUCAAACCAAGCCUCAGACUCCAGAAUGUGGGCCUAGGACACCAUCUGAAGCCACACAAGAGUCACCACUGGGCCUUCGGGUGAAAGAGGAGCCCACGGUUACAGAGGACCCAGAGCUUCUGGAUUCUGGGCCUGCAGCCAACCCCCAAGAAGCCACUUCCACUCUCCUGCCUGAAGAGGCCCAGGGCUGUGAGAUAGUGCUGGACCAGGCCUCUCCCCACAGCGAGACUGGGCUUGAGGGGCCUUCAUGGAGGGAGCAUCCUGGGGCCCUGUGGCAGGAGGAAGCUGGGGGCAUCUUCCCUCCAGGGUUUGCGCUCCACAUGGACAGCAUCUCUGCUGGCCCAGGCACUGUGAGCCCCCACCUCCACAUCCCCUGGGACCUCGGCAUGGCCGGCCUCACCGGCCGACUCCAAUCACCCUCCCGUGAAAGUGGCUUCUCACAUGCACUCGUGCUCCCCAGUGGCCCUGGAGGUGAGCAGAACCCCACGAACGAGGGUCCCCGCCAGCUCCUGGGCCCCAUACUGCCCACUGCCCGCUGGCGCGCGCCCAGGACCCAAGGCCGGGGCCGGGGCCGCCCCAGCACAGGCCCCGCGGUGGGGCGGGGCGGCCGCUGCGACGUGUGUGGGAAGGUGUUCAGCCAACGCAGCAACCUACUGAGGCACCAGAAAAUACACACGGGAGAGCGGCCAUUCGUGUGCGGCGAGUGUGGCCGAAGCUUCAGCCGAAGCUCGCACCUUCUGCGCCAUCAACUCACGCACACCGAGGAGCGGCCGUUUGUGUGCGGCGACUGUGGCCAGGGCUUCGUGCGCAGCGCGCGCCUGGAGGAGCACCGGCGAGUGCACACAGGCGAGCAGCCCUUCCACUGCGCUGAGUGCGGCCAGAGCUUCCGGCAGCGCUCCAAUCUGCUGCAGCACCAGCGCAUCCACGGCGACCGCCCGGGCCCCGGCACCGCGCCCAGCGCGCCCCCCACGCCUCCCGGCGCACCGGAGCCCCCCGGCCCCUUCCCCUGCAGCGAGUGCCGCGCGAGCUUCCCGCGGCGAGCCGUGCUCCUGGAACACCAGGCAGUGCACACGGGUGACAAGUCCUUUGGCUGCGUGGAGUGUGGCGAGCGUUUCGGCCGCCGCUCCGUGCUGCUGCAGCACCGGCGAGUGCACAGUGGCGAGCGGCCCUUCGCCUGCGCCGAGUGCGGCCAGAGCUUCCGGCAGCGCUCCAACCUCACACAGCACCGGCGCAUCCACACAGGCGAGCGGCCCUUCGCCUGCGCCGAGUGCGGCAAGGCCUUCCGCCAGAGGCCCACGCUCACGCAGCACCUGCGCGUGCACACAGGCGAGAAGCCCUUCGCCUGCCCGGAGUGUGGCCAGCGCUUCAGCCAGCGUCUGAAGCUCACGCGCCACCAGCGGACGCACACCGGGGAGAAACCCUACCACUGCAGCGAGUGUGGCCUGGGCUUCACCCAAGUCUCGCGGCUCACCGAGCACCAGCGUAUCCACACGGGUGAGCGGCCCUUUGCCUGCCCUGACUGCGGCCAGAGCUUCCGGCAGCACGCCAACCUCACACAGCACCGGCGCAUCCACACAGGCGAGCGGCCCUACGCGUGCCCGGAGUGCGGCAAGGCCUUCCGCCAGAGGCCCACGCUCACGCAGCACCUGCGCACCCACCGGCGCGAGAAGCCCUUCGCCUGUCAGGAUUGUGGCCGCCGCUUCCACCAGAGCACUAAGCUCAUCCAGCACCAGCGCAUCCACAGCGCGGAGUAACCCCCUUCACUGCGCCUCGGCUUUGGGCCUUUUGUCGGGGGAGGGGAGCGUGUUCGCUCAGAACACUUACCUCACAGGGUGGUUGUGAGGCCUCUCAUCAAGUUUGGGUACAGGCGGGCCCCCCCCCCCCCCCCCAGGACGUGGCUCCCAGUAGGUGCUCAAUAAACAGUAGGCAGAACACGGGUCUGGAAAUGUGCCCACUC